CAGUUGGCAUCACUGUCAUCAAAUUAAAAUUCUUCAUAAUUCAAAAUGGAUUUCGUUAGAAGAUUUAUAUUCGGUAAUAGUCAACAAGACCAGCGUUGUUCACGAAGAAUCCCUGUGAAGAAUGAUGAAGACAUCUCCAACAGGCCCAGAGCCCUGGGCGAGCCGUUUUCAAGAGGAGGCUCCAACGCUUUCUCGGAUCCACUUAAAAUGUAUGAGUAUUACGAAGAGGAGUUUAACAAAGCGCUGCAGUCGUUCGGGUGGCAGAACUUGAUGAAAUCCUCAUCUGGCAUCCCUAAUUCGCCCGCUUCGGAAGAUUUGGAACCUCCCAAAAGUGGUUAUAAGAAACACUCACAGAGCAAAGCUGACAAAGCUGAUAAGGAUUUGGAUGACAAAGCUAUUCCUGGAGAUUUAGAUCCAGUGUUUAAGGGUGCUUUGAAGAAAAAAAUUAUACCUCGUGAUAAACAAAUCCAAGAGAAAUGUUUUCAUGGAAUAAUGAUACCAAACAAAAGGAAAAUGCCACAAAAUUCCUAUUAUAGAACGACACUUAUGGUGGAAACUGUGGUCAAUCCAGAUGGAUCUAUCGAAACUUGUUCGACUGUGAGGGACAACGAGGGAAACCAAGAAAUAGGCUUUUGCCGUAGAAUCGGUGACAAGGAAUGUUGUUUGAUAGGGAAUAGAUACAAAAAUGGGUAUGAAGAUAUGAAUAUACACUUAUAUCAAUAUAGAUGAAAGUGAGAAUUAUAUUUUCCAACCGUAGGGACUAUAAUCUUGUGAUAUAGGAAUACAUUCUCAUAUUGAAUUGUUGAUAUAUUUGUUUAUGAUAUUUAUAUAUAUUUUUGA